ACCGUUUAGCAGUCGUGUCGAAAAAUCGCCAACCCUUAAUGGAUUCCGCUCCAUCUUACUGCAUCAUUGGUGCCGGACCGGCAGGGCUCUGUACGGCCCGACAUGCGCUCCUUCAGGUGGCCGACGCUUCGCAAGUGACCGUGUUCGAGCAAACAGACCAGAUCGGAGGUCUGUGGGCCUACAACGAUAGUACCGGAACCGAUCGCAAUGGGCUGCCCGUUUACUCGUGUCUCUACGCAAAUCUACGUACGAAUUUGGUUAAGCAGGGCAUGGGCUAUCCAGACUACCCGAUCGACGAGCAGGCGAAAACGUUCAGCACAAUCUCGGACGUGAUCCACCAACUGAUCGGGUACACUGAGAAGUUCGGCUUGCGACGAGUAAUCAAAUUCGAGCACCAGGUCGUUCGAGUGACCCGAAACUUUGCACACAGUUAUUGGGAUGUCCUGGUGAAAGAUCUUCCAAGCGGUCAGUACAAAACUCACAGCUUCGAUUACGUUCUGGUGUGCAACGGUCACUACACGUCCCCGGUGGUCCCCGAGUUUCGAGGUCGGGACGAGUUCACCGGACGGCAGCUACACAGCCGCGACUAUCGGCGCAGUGAGCACUACCGUGAUCAACGCGUCCUGGUCGUCGGAGGUGGCCACAGUGGGUUAGACAUUGCUCCGGAGAUUGCAGAAAACGCUACGCGUGUCGUCUUAAGCCACCGUUGCCCGCAUGCUGCCCAUACCGGUUCACGGGUGGUUCAAAAACCGGAAGUGCGGUUCCUAACAGCAACCGGAGCGGUGUUUGUUGAUGGCGAAGAGGAAGACUUCGAUGUAAUUAUCUACUGCACCGGGUACCGCUAUUCGGUGCCGUUUCUUUCCGCGGAUUGCGGGGUAUCGGUGCAAAACAAUUGUAUCAGCCCAUUGUACUAUCACUGUAUCAACAUUAAUCAGCCGACGAUGGCGUUCAUCGGGCUGCCGUACAACGCUUGUCUCAUGCUGAUGAUGGAUCUGCAAGCGCGCUUCUGCUUGAAGUUUUACAGCGGUCAAAAGAACCUACCCAGCUGUGAGCAGAUGUUCCGAGCGUGGCAGGAAGAUACCACGGAGCGAGAAGAGCGAAAGCUUACCGGCAAACUGACGCACAUGCUGGCAGGCGAUUUGCAGCAGAGGUAUUACGACGAUCUAGCCAGGAUCGCCGAACUGGAACCACUGAAACCCGUGCUGGCCAAAAUGCACGCGGAGUGUAUCAGUAGCAAGCAGGAGGAUGUGAAUUUCCGAAACUAUGAUUAUCGCAUCAUUGACGAUCACAACUUUAUCAAGAUUCCUUUAUCCGGUGACGACGGCAUGGCUUAUAUCCCGCAAGGGGGCGCGUUGUAA